CGGAGUCCCGGCGGCUCACCCGGACUCCGCUCCCGGGGCGAGUGGGCAGGGGGCGGUAGCUCCACUUCUCCACCCCUAGUCUAGCCCCGCUCGGAGCCGCGCAGAGGGAGGCUGGGGCGGCCCCAGAGUACAAUCGACACCCUCUCCCAAAGUUGGUCAGCCUCUCCUCCCCUCGCCACCAGCCUGCUGGCUUCCGCACUCCCUGCGUCCCCAGGGACGCGCGGUCUCCGAGCUCCGGCCGCUCAGCAGGAUCGAUAACCAAAGUAUUCGAGGAAGGACACCCCGGCGGGACAGAACAGAGAACAGGAGGCAGAGUUAGACAGAGAGAAAGGUCUUCCUUCGUGUUUGACUUUUGACAUCCAAAACUGUACUGCAGGGUCAUCUGUGUUUCUCCAUCCCAGCCCUGUGUCAUCCGUUUCUCCAAGGACCCCUGACUUCUGUUGGAGAAUGGCGUUUAGGAACUAAGAUCCACGUGUUGGAUGUGCUUGUUGCUGCUGGAGUGUCAUUGCUUCAAGCUCUCUCGGCCAACAAAUCCAGAUAAUACACACACGUGCGUAUUCAUCUGGAGUCUGGCACGGAGCAGCCUUCUCACAUUUGAUGGAUGUCUUUGAAGCCUGACAAGCUGUACAGGAGAAAGGCCAGUCCUUGCCCGAGUUCUGGGUCAACCCCUCGCUCCCAGAGGGAGGUGGGGACAGAGAGGAAGGGAGAGCAGCUUACAGGGAGCAGGGAGGAGGACCAGAGCCUUUUUUAUUUUUUCAUAUUUGUUUAUUUGUGAGGCACAGUUGGUUGUAGACAGAGACAGACAGAGAGAGGUCUUCCAUCUGCUGGUUCAUUCCCCAUAUGGCGGCAGUGGCCAGAUGUGGGCAGAUCCAAUGCCAGGAGCUGCUUCUAGGGGUCUCCCAUGUGGCUGCAGGGGCCCAAGCACUGGGGCCAAACUCCACUGCUUUCCCAGGCUCAUUAGCAGGGAGCUGGUGGAAGUGGAGCAGCCAGGACAUGAACUGGGGCCCAUAUGGGAUGCACAGGCUUGACUGCUACAGUGCCAGCCCAGAACCCAAGCCUUACAUUUACACUUUGAAUCUCCAAGCUGCAUUUUAUAAAGGGCACUGUGUCAGCUGAGAUGCCUUGGUAGCAAGAUGUAGAACAUUCUAUUGUAGUGUGCUCCUACCUGGUCUCCCUGCUUCCAGCUUCCCACACCCUCAUCUCUGCUCCUCAUGAUCAGAGUGACUUUCCCACCACGUCCCCGUCCUUGUCUCUCCUGCCUGAAGCCCUUCGAGGGCCCCGUUUCACUCACAAGCUAGCUCCUCAAUGUGACCCAAAGGGACCCUCACCAGAGCCCUUUGACUUGCUGUCUGUGCCCCGUAUAGGGGAAUGUGCUCAUCCACCUGCAGCUCUGUCCUCUGUGCCUCCCGUGAACUCUGCGUGUUAAUCCAGUGUCCUCCUCGCAGCUUAUAGUGUAAUUUAUUGCUCACAUCCGUCUCUCCCAUCAGACUGAGCCACUCGAGUGUGAGGAUUGUCAGUUUGUCUGUCUUUCUGGCCUUGUGCCUGAUACGGUGCCUGUAACCUGGUCUGGAGGACUCAGGAUGCAUUUGUGUGGUGGGUGGGCGGGUGAUGGGGGAGAUGGUCUUGUAAGAGAAGUGGGAUGGCCUUGGGACAGGUCAGGAGAGUGGCCACAGAAUGGGCUCCCAGAGGGGAAGACGGAUGACUUCCUUCUGAAAGUCUAGCCCUUUGAGGAGGGGAUCAAGUUGUGGCCCAGGCCAGACAAACUGUCUCAGCCAGGAACGGGGAACUUCAGGAUGACAGGGAGUCUGCCAUGGGACCACUUCCUGUUUCCUCCAGAUAAAAAGUCCGUGGGCAGACAGGCACAGACAGCACCUGAGGGCCAGGGCCAGGGCCGGCACGCAGGAUGCAGGCCGCAGACCGGGAGGCCCUGGACGCGCACUUCACCGUGGACAAGCAGAACAUCUCCCUCUGGCCCCGAGAGCCUUCUCCCAAGCCGGCGCCGUCUCCACUGCUGAGGGAGCCUGUCUCGGUCCGAGCUGCCUUAAUCUGCCUGUCGCUGGUCCUGGCCGCCUCCGUAGUGCUGCAGGCCGUCCUCUAUCCCUGGUUUAUGGGCAGAAUUUCAGACGUGAAGACUGAUGCCCAGUUGCUGAAAGACCGUGUGGGUAACAUCAGCUCCUUGGGCUCUGAAGUGAGGAAGAAUGGUGUCGGCGUGCAGGCGGCUGGUGCCCAGAUUCACACGGUGAAUGCCAGCCUGGACCGUGUGUACUCUCAGAUCCUGACGCUGAAAACCAGCGUGGAGAGAGCCAGCGCGCAGAUCCAGAUCUUGACGGAAAGUUGGGAAGAAGUCCACAGUUUAAACGCCCGAAUCCCAGAGUUAAAAAGUGACUUGGAUAAAGCUAGCACGUUACAUGCCAAGGUCCGGGGCCUGCAGAGCAGUUUGGAGAACAUCAGUGAGGUGCUCAGACAGCAAAAUGACAUCCUGCAGAUGGUGUAUCAGGGCUGGAAGUACUUCAAGGGGAACUUCUACUACUUUUCCCGCAUCGCAAAGACCUGGUACAGUGCCCAGCAGUUCUGCAUGUCCAGGGAUUCACACUUGACCUCAGUGACGUCUGAGAGCGAGCAGGAGUUUCUGUACAAGACGGCGGGCGGCCUGGUGUACUGGAUUGGCCUGAGCAAAGCAGGCAGCGAGGGACACUGGUACUGGGCGGACGGCACGUCUUUUAAUGAGGCCCAGAGUGUGAGAGGCCCACAUGUGCCACGGUGGCCAGUCCCAGCACCCAGAGAGCAGGACAGCCCUUCUGGAGCCGGCGGCUGGGAGCAGCAUUGGAGGAUGAAGGACAUGAAGAUGAGCAGUGACACAGUCCGCUUCUGCACAGAUGACCAGGGUGUCUUCCUGAACCCCCAAGGGGCGGACUCCAUGGCAGUGGCUCCUGCAGCCCUCAGGAUUCCAAGGCACCUUCAGGCCACCUUGGCAUUCGUGGCUGUGGCCGUGGUCUCUUCUCUCGUGGCCCUCUUUGUGGUGGAUCACUGCAUCUUUGGAGAGAUAGACGAAGUAAAAGAGGCUUUUCAGAUGUUUAAAAGCCACAUGGAGAAUUGCAGCACCUCGCAAAGGGAGAUCCAGAUGCUGAUGUGCCGAGUGAAUGACGUCAGAUCUCAGCUGCGGGUGCUCUGCGGCGACUACCCAGGAAACACCAGCACUGAUGUGCAGACGAAGAAAGGCUCCCUGUGGGCCACCAGCGUGGACAACACCAGUGCUGAGAUCCAGGUCCUGCGAGGCCACUGGGAAGGGGCUGCCAGUGACAUCCACUUGUUGAAAGGAGAAUUGGAAACUGUCACUGCCCAGACCCGGCUAGCAAUUGGCCAUCUAGGUCAGAUAGAUGGUCAGCUCCAAGUGCUAAAGGCACAACUGGAAGAUGUCAACGGCUUAAAUUCCCAGAUUCAGGUGUUAGGUGGUCAACUGAACAAUGCCAGCAGAGAGAUAGAGACUUUAAGACAAGGGAUGCAGGCUGCUGAGGCCCUGGGCUCCAAGACCCAAGCAUUAGAGAGUGGCCUGAAGCAGGCCAGUGCCGAGAUCCAGAGGUUAAGAGGGGACUUAGAGAGCACCAGAGCUCUCACUGGGGGCCUCGCGGAGCAGCAGAGUCGCCUGGAGACCCUCAGUGCCGCAGUUGCUUCCCAGGAACGGCUACAGAAGAACCAAACUCAACUUCUCCAGCUGUUCCUGCAAGGCUGGAAGUUGGACAGGGGCAACUUGUACUACUUCUCUCACGUCAAGAAGUCCUGGCACGAGGCUGAGCAGUUCUGUGCAUCCCACGGAGCCCACCUGGCAUCGGUGACCUCUGAGGAGGAGCAGGCAUUCCUGAGGCAGUUCACAAGCAGCCUUUACCACUGGAUCGGCCUCACCGACAGCGGCAUGGAGGGCUCCUGGCGCUGGACAGAUGGGACACCGUUCAGCAGUUCCCGGAGCACAACGUUUUGGGACAAGAACCAGCCAGACAACUGGCGACACAGCAAUGGGCAGGCUGAAGACUGUGUCCAAAUGCUGCAGAAGUGGAAUGACAUGGACUGUGGUGCCUCCUUUCACUGGGUCUGCAAGAAGCCCAAGGGCGGGCAGAGCUGAGGGGCCACUCUCAGUCGCCAGCGUGGGAGCCUCCUCCUCUGUGACCUCUCCUGAGCUUCUGAACUCAGCCUGCCCUCUGGGGCCUUCCAUUGGCCUUCUGCACUUCCUGCCUCUGCCUCCUGGGACCCCGUGGGAUCGAUGAACAGCUUUCCUGGGCCUCUAUAUCCCCUCAGUCCAGCACAGGCCUGCAGUCAGUGGGUCCUCAAUAAAGACUCUCUGUGCCAACGGAAGCUCUGUGCUGCUUGUCCCUGGGCCGGCCACCACGCUCCCUCCUCCAUGGAUUGCUGCUCCUUCCCUCAAUGUCCUCUCUCUCCGUUUUAAGAUUUAUUUAAAGGGAGAGAGAGAAAGAGAGAGGAGAGAGAAAGAGAGAGAGAGAGUUAGUUUUUUUUUUUUUUAAAGAUUAUUUAUUUGAAAGACAGUUAUAGACAGAGAUGGGGAGAGGUCUCUGCUGGUUCACUCCCCAUAAUGAUGCAACAGCCAGAUGGAUGCCAGGAGCCUGGAACUCCAUCCAGGUCCCUCAUGUGAGUGACAGGGGCACAGGCAUUUGAGCCAUUUUCCACUGCUAUCCCAGGUGCUUUAGCAGGGAGCUGGAUCAGAAGUGGAGCAGCUGGGACAUAAACCAGUACUCCAAUUAGGGCAUUGCAAGCUGUGGCUUAACCUGCUAUGCCAUGAAACAGAUCACUCAAUGUCCCUUCUGUCCUGAAACGCCUUUAUUUAAGGGCUUUUGAGCUAGUUUGUUGCAAAUGGUGAGGUUUAACAAACUGUAGGGAUGUCCUAAGAGGUACAAAUCCCAGGAAGUCCUAGCCAGUCUGGUUGUUCCUUAGGAAUUUUUCCAGCCUUUAAACCUCUCCAAAUCUCUCCUGAGGGCUGGCCUCGCCUGGUCUUCAGACUGUUGACUCUCAGAGCCAUGUAUCUGGCUUCAGCCUGUUCCUGUGACCUCCACUCAUCCGUCUGGGGACUCAGUUUCCUGCCUGCUCAGCUUAGAGUCUCCUGAGCAGUUCUUUGCCAGGUUUGUAGAUGCCAUCCCAUGCACAUUCCCAGAAUCCUGCAUGGCUCCCUCCUCUUACCCUGUGCUUCCCAUGCCCCCAUUCUAGUGCUCUCAGUCACUCCAAACUCUUAUUUUUUUCCUUAGCUAGCAAGACUGUGAAGCUCCAUUUAGGACCCUCCUCCCCGUGCUAUAGUCUGGAAAGAGCCUCCUUAUCUGGUCUGCUAUCUCAGAGCGCAGCUACCUUGAUCACAACUUUGCCUGUUGCCCAACAACUGCUUCCCGUGCUGCCCAGUCUCCUAGCUGCUUAUGGUAAAGGGCUGGCUCAGUUACUCCAUCGUGACCAGAAGUAGAAGUCUGUUCUCACCUAUACGAUACCUUUGGCUGAACAGGACUUUCACUCAUUUGAAUUCCUGUUUAUCAGCCUUUUCCUUUAUGGAUUCUUAGCUUUGUGUCAAUGUUAGAAAUUCCUCCUCUGAUCCACCAAAAUUUGCUGUGUUUCUUCUACAACUUUAGUAAAUUCAUGUUUUACACUGACAUUAUUAAUCCACCUAGAAUUUAUUUUUGAGAAUAUUGUGAUAGGCAUCUAUUUUUAUUUAAAAAAUUACUAAAUCAUAACCUGUUCCUUUUCACUCAUUUGAAAAGCAACUUCCUCCAAUAUGAAACUCAUGGGCUCUUUCUAGACUCUUGAUUGGAUUCCAGUAAACUCUUUUUUCCUUAAUUGGGACCACAUUAACUGUAGUUUAAAUUUUUUUUUCAAAUAAACUUAUUUUUAUGUAUUGGAAAGGCAGAGAGACACAAGAUCUCCCAUCCCUUGGUUCACUUCCCAAAUGCCUGCAACAGCCCAGGGCUGGGCCAGGCCAAAGCCAGGAGCCUCAAACUCAAUCUGGGUCUCCCCUGAAAGUGGCAGAGACCCGAGUACUUGAGCCACUGCCUGCUGCUCCCCAGGGUGUGCAUUGGCAGGAAGCAGGAACUGGAAGUGGAGCCAGGGCUCAAACCCAGGCACUCCAACAUGGGAUGUGGGAACCCAAGUGGCAUCUUAACGGCUGCACCCAAGAGCUGCCCUGUGGUCACAUUAUAAUGUUUUCUUACCUGGUAGGGCAAGUGCUCCUUUAACUUUUCAGAAAUGUUGAAGUGUGUUUGUAGAACAGGCUCUGAUGAUUGGUGAAUUUCACUGAAGGGUGUGAGUUGGUGACUCACCCAAUUUUUCAUCAGUGCAUCCCUGAACUUUUAAUCCCAGUUGAUCCAGUGGCCAUGGAGGGCCCUCCGAAAGGCAUUCCCCAGCCUUUUGCCCAGGAAAAAGGAGCCGAGCAGGCAGCUUUCCGCAGUGUGCAGGGUAGGAGCAGAGGAAGGAGGGCUGGCAUCUCACUGCUGGGUGGGGAUGGCCCCUGUGUGCCCGUGCUGGGCACAGCCUCCUAGUGUAGGCAGCGGCAGGGGUGCGGCUUGGUGCUGCAGGCAGAGGGAGGAGCGGUGAGCUCCAUGUGGGCCUCCUAGCAGUUCCAGCCAUUUCUGGAUUCAGCCUUCCCUGCGCUCUGCUUGAGGAGCGAGGCAGAGUUCUAAGCUGCGGGUCUGCCAGGCUUCUCCGUCACAGAAAGCUCUGCCUUGUGUUCAGUACUCCAGCUACUGCCUGUUAAAGAUCCAUUUUCUCAGUUCUGUUAUAUCAGUUAUCACUCGGCUUCCACAGCCAGCUUCCAAAUUUCGCUGAGGUUUCUUGUCUGUGGUUGAUUCACACCCGACCUUUGCCUUGUGGAUUUAUUUCUGUUCCAUGACUUACAGUAGGCUUGAGGAGGAAAUGGAAAUGUGCAUCAAAUCUCUCUCUGUCUCUCCUUCCUUCUCUCUGUCAUUCUACCUUUCAAAUAAACAAAUCUUUAAAAAAAUCCUGUAUUCAGGGAUAGACCCUGAGAUAGGCAUUUGAUACAGCAGUUAAGAUGCCACUUGGAGCCGGCACCGUGGCUCACUAGGCUAAUCCUCCACCUGCGGUGCUGGUACCCUGGGUUCUAGUCCCGGUUAGGGUGCUGGAUUCUGUCCUGGUUGCUCCUCUUCCAGUCCAGCUCUCUGCUGUGGCCUGGGAAGGCAGUGGAGGAUGGCCCAAGUCCUUGGGUCCUGCACCUGCAUAGGAGACCAGGAGGAAGCACCUGGCUCCUGGCUUCAGAUCAGCGCAGCGCACCGGCCAUAGCGGCCAUUUGGGGGGUGAACCAACGGAAGUAAGACCUUUCUCUCUGUCUCUCUCUCUCACUGUCUAACUCCGCCUGUCAAAGAAAAAAAGAUGCCACUUGGGACACUUGCAUCCCAUAGCAGGGUGCCUGGUUCAAGUCCCAGCUCCUCCACUUCUGCUCUAGCUGCGUACUGAUGCAUACCCUGGUUGGCAGCACAUGAUCACUCAAGUACUUGGGUCCCCGCAACUCACAUGGGAGACCUGAAUGAAGUUCAAGGCUCCUGGCUUUAGCCCUGCCCAGCCCUGGGUAUUUUGUGUGCAGAGAGGUCUGCGCUGCCUGAUUGAAAGCAGGGGCGCGGGCCGGCGCCGUGGCUCAAUAGGCUAAUCCUCCACCUUGCGGCGCCGGCACACCGGGUUCUAGUCCCGGUCGGGGCGCCGGAUUCUGUCCCGGUUGCCCCUCUUCCAGGCCAGCUCUCUGCUAUGGCCAGGGAGUGCAGUGGAGGAUGGCCCAGGUGCUUGGGCCCUGCACCCCAUGGGAGACCAGGAAAAGCACCUGGCUCCUGGCUCCUGCCAUCGGAUCAGCGCGGUGCGCCGGCUGCAGCGGCGGCCAUUGGAGGGUGAACCAACGGCAAAGGAAGACCUUUCUCUCUGUCUCUCUCUCUCACUGUCCACUCUGCCUGUUAAAAAAAAAAAGAAAAGAAAAGAAAAAAAAAAAAAAGCAGGGGCGCUCAUCUCCACCAAGCACUGAGAUGCCAACCCUCCUUCCCCUUUGCCCUUACCCUGCAGACUCUCCCUCCCCCUCUCUUCUCUCUCCCUCUUUCCCCCUUUCAAAUAAGAUGAAAAUAAAUACAGAAAUGUUUUUAAAAUGUAUUUGUUGUCUCACUAUGCUACAGCUGCUUUUCAGCUGCUCUUCCACGUUUCAGCCAGGGAGCGAAGGGGAGCUGUGUCUGAUCCACAGCUGCUCAGUGUGGAGAGGGACCGCUGGUGCCCUGCAAGACCCAGGACGGGGGUGUUCCUCUCAGCUGAGACCUGGAUAAGCAACGGGGGAAAGGCAGAAGAGGUGGCUUCGGGGCAAGGGAGGGAGCGUGGGCAGCUUCUCCAUGCCCCUGUGUCUCCCGAUGGAGGAUCUUGGGAUUGGCUGCCUCGCCCCCCUCUUUCCUCCCCUUCUCGGAGAUGCCUUUCCGCACUGCAGAGGCUCCACGUUCCAGAACCCCCGUCCCCAGGGUUCCGGAAGGCAGUUAAGAUGAUUUCUUUAUUGGCAACAGUUGUGUGACACCCGGCCAAUCUUGGCUUCCCGUCCUUUGGGCUAUUUUCUGUGGGAGGUAAAGUGGUGGGAGUUGGCACUCGCCCAGCACCAUGGCGUUGGGGGACAGCUGCAGUGGCAGGAGCUUCCCAGCCCCAGGACCGCAGCUUCAGCGGAGUGUUCUCCAACUCAGAGCUCCUCCUGCCCCUCCAGACUGCCCAACGAUUGUGUAAGCACCUGAAUCGAAUCCCCUGGUGCCUGCUUGGAGUAGCUACAGGAGUUUCUGACCCUGCCUUGAACCUGGCCUGCAGCAAAUGGCCUGGGGCCUUUGCUGCUGUGUGAUGCCUGCCAGGUACCAGUGAUGGCAGAAGCUACCAAAGAGACAGCUCCAUCUUCAGAAAUGACACAACUCCCUCACCCUCAAGGCCUUUUCCUACCUAGGGCAGGGGAGACCAGGAGGCAGGGGCGCGAGCUCCAGGGUGCAGGGAGAGAUGUUUUGGUAAGGAGGCCACUUAAAGAAAGACAAGACACCUGGAGCCCUGGGUUCUUUGCACUCUGCUCAACACAGCUGUUCCCUUCCUGACUUCAGGGAUUUUUCUCUGUAGAUCCCUUUGCACAGGUGAAAAAGACUAGGGUUUUAGAAAAGUCUAAGGAUAAAACAAAAGGAAUGCCAAAAGAGCCACAAACUUUUACAUCCUCAAAAUCCAUGUUCUAACCCCAGCUUCUGCU